AUGGCCGGGGACGCCUCACCCAGCGCCGCCCUCCUACUCCUCUCCUCCCUCCUCUGUGCUCUCUCCUCCUCAUCAGGUCAGUAAGUCCUCUCUCUCUCUAACCAAGUUAGGGUUUUAGCAGGUGGGUUACCAGACCCAGAUCGCCAUUUCUUCCACUUGUGACUCUCUUCCUCCCCUCCCUAGAGCUCCCUAAAAGCGGGUUGGUCUCUUCUUCUUCCUCCUCUGACCGCUCUCUCUCUAUCUCUCUUUGCUUGUGCAGGAAUCGCCGCCGCGGAGCUCGCCGCCGGCCACCGGCGAGACGCCGUCACCAACCCCGCCGUAACGGUCCCUUUCACGGCGCCAAUUCCGGGCAUCAUCACCGUCCCCUCGACCAACCCCAUCAUUGUCUACCCGCCGGCCAUCACCGUCCCCGCCACCGUCUUCCCUUCGCCACCGCCACCGCAGCCGCCGGCGACUGGGUUUCCCCCCACAACCAACCCGGUGACGACGCCGUAUCCUUUUCCACCGCCGGUGGCGGCAGGUGGGCAGAGCUGGUGCGUGGCGCGGGCGGGGGCGAUGGAGGCGGCGGUGCAGGCGGGGCUGGACUACGCAUGCGGCGGCGGCGCCGACUGCACACCGAUCCAGCCGGCGGGGAGUUGCUUCAACCCGAACACCCUACGGGACCACGCCUCCUACGCCUUCAGCAGCUACUACCAGAGGAACCCUUCACCGAUCAGCUGCGACUUUGGCGGCACCGCCGCCAUCGUCUACGUCAACCCAAGUAAGUCAACGUCUGAUAAUGCAUAAUAAACUGACCAUGAUAAGCUAAUCUACCCCCCACCAUGCAAGACGGCUCUUUCAUAUCCCCAUGCAACAUAUUUUUGGAAAUAAAGAACUAGUUAUCCAUCAAACCAUCCCAAUUAUAUGAUUCAUCCAUAUAUUUUUCCACACAACUGACAAUGAUGAGUUGACUUCUCGAAAAACCAUUAAGAACCAGACUCUUUCAAUAUUAUCUCCAUGCAACAUAUCUCGGAAAUAAAAAGCUAGUUGGCUGUCAAACCAUCAUCUUACUAUAUGCUUUCAGGUAGAAAUAAAUACAUAUCAAACGGGUCAAACGGGUUGAUGUUGCUCCUGCAAUCAUCAGAAGAUCUGCAUAUUCCAUCUGGCAUUCAUUCAUUAAUCAUUUUUUUCAACACAAAUCAUGCGACAUGGAUGAUGUGAUGUUGCAGCUAGUUUUUCAUUUUGGGAACCAUCAAAAUAAUCCAUCUGACGCAGUUUUUUUUCAACUACUUUCCAUUCCGGGGAUCAUAUAAAUUGGCUAGAAUAAUCCAUUUCAAGGGGAAAAUUAAAUAAAAAACACUUCAACUAUGUUUAUCCAGUCACAUCCAUCACAAUGUGGAAGAAAUCAGACAAAAUUCAUCAAUUUAUACUGCAUCUCGCCCACAAUCAAAACACAAAGGAGACCCAUUUCUCUGUUACUCAGUACAAUCGCCAUCUUUUAUCAUUCUCGUUGUUUGUUACUUGCAGGUACGGCUACUUGCAUAUACCCAGCCACCAGGUGAGAAAUCAAGAACAAAUCCCUUGCCUUAAACUUCCUUAGCAUCUGUAGAUAAAAUACUAACAGAUCUGUCAAUGUUCUUGCAGCACUCAACCCGCUCCGAUCAAUACCUACACCCCCACCCCCACCAUCUCCAUCCCCAGCCCACCCAGUGCGUUCCUCCCCACACCCACCAUCUCCAAUCCCACAGGCACUGGUACCGUCUUUGGGCCCAACAACCCAUUGGGGUCCGCCAACCCGACGGGGGUCACCACCACCUCGUCCUCCACAGCUCCAGCAGGCGGGACAUCCUCACUUUCAGCUGCCCUACCCCUGUCACAACUCACUCUGUUGAUUGGAUCACUGUUCAUCUCCAGAUGGCCAUUGUAG